AUGGUCAUUUCUAUCUAUCUAUCUAUCUCUCUAUCUAUCUCAGUCUCUGUUCAUAUCUAUCUAUCUAUCUAUCUAUCUAUCUAUCUAAUUAUGGCCAUUUCUUUCUAUCUAUCUAUCUCAAAUCUAUGUCAUUAUCUAUCUACCUAUCUAUCUGUCUAUCUAGUAAUGGUCAUAUCUAUCUAUCUAUCUAAUUAUGUUUAUCUAUCUAUCUAUCUAUCUAUCUAUCUAAUUAUAGUCAUAUCUAAUUAUCUAUCUAAUUAUGGUUAUAUCUAUCUAUCUAUCUAUCUAUCUAUCUAUCUAUCUAUCUAUCUAUUUCAGUCUCUGUUCAUAUCUAUCUAUCUAUCAAUCUAUCUAUCUAAUUAUGGCCAUUUCUAUCUAUCUAUCUAUCUAUCUAUCUAUCUAUCUCUUUAUUGUCAUAUCUAUCUAUCUAGCUAUGGUCAUAUCUAUCUAUCUAUCUAUCUAUCUAUCUAUCUAUCUAUCUAUCUAUCUAUAUAUCUACCCGGCUUACGUAUUUCAUAUCUAUCUAUCUAUCUAUCUAUCUAUCUAUCUAUCUAUCUCAUUCGUUAUCUAUCUAUCUAUCUAUCUAUAGAUCUACGUGGGGGAGUGGGAGCGUGUCUAUCUAUCUAUCUAUCUAUCUUUCUCAGUCUGUUCGGAUCUAUCUAUCUAUCUAUCUGUCUAUCUAUCUCAGUCUGUUCGGAUCUAUCUAUCUAUCUAUCUAUCUAUCUAUCUAUCUAUCUAUCUAUCUAUCUAUCUAUCUAUCUAUCACAGUCUGUUCUUUAUCUGUCGCACAUAAUUCAUACCAAUAUGUGUGUACGUGUAUGUGGGGGGAGGGUUAGAGCGUGUCUAUCUAUCUAUCUCAGUCUAUUCAUAUCUAUCUAUCUAUCUCAGUCUGUUAAUAUCUAUCUAUCUAUCUAUCUAUCUAUCUAUCUAUCUAUCUAUCUAUCUCAGUCUGUUCUUUAUCUAUCUAUCCAACAUAAUUCAUACCAACAUGUGUGUACGUGUAUGUGGGAGGGAGUGGGACAGCGUGUCUAUCUAUCUAUCUCAGCAUGUAUGUAUGUAUGUAUCUAUCUAUCUAUCUAUCUCUGUUAA